UUCGCAUUUUAUUUCCGGAAAAAGCAGUGUGUUUAUCUCAAAGUGCUGAUAAUGGAUUUUCAUCGCAAUUUACACUUUCGGUUGUUUAUUAUGAAUGAAUUGUGUUUUGCUGCUGUGUCGUUGAAAUUUCGUGUCCUGGAGGCGGUGUAUUUCUGGAGAUACUCUGCGAGUGUGCAGUGUUCAACGUGAGUGCAGAUAAGCACUUCAAUAAAUUGUAUGUGUAUUGAAGAGGGAGCAUAGGCUUGGCAAAUUGAAGUAACUACAAGCUGUAUGAUGGAGCUUUACAACUCUUCCAAUGAUGUCCUUUUCAGAUUGAAAUCUUGAAGAGGUUGCAGCGAGAAGCAUUUUCAGAUAUCAUGAAGCUGAGGGAUAGACAAGAGAAGGUGGAACGCUUGCUUUCCUUCUAUAAAACUUCUAAAGCAAGUCCAUUCCAAGAAGCUAGCACUCGUGUGAAGGGAGAGUUUGAUGUAGUUGGGGCAUUGUUGAUGAUGGACACUGUUGAUCAAUCAACCUGUGAUGCACUUCAGAGAGCUGGUAUUAAGACUGGAAUUGACUCCAGGCUCUGGUUUGAAACAACCAUUCGAGAGAAAGAUACACUUUUAACAGAGUUUGUUGGUAGUGAAAGAGGCGGAGGUGAUAUCUUGGGCAGUCCACUUUCUCUUGCUAAGGUUCUAUAUUGUGCAAACGUAAGCAACUGGUUCUCUGCAGUUGCAAUACCAGUGGGUGCUCGAUGCAGGGAUGUCAGUGUUGGCACAAGUUCUCCUCACCAGGAAAAGGCCCUUACAGACUAUUCAACACUAGGGCCACCCUUCUUGAAUGAUCUAAAUGGUGGUGCCAUUGGUAUAAUGACAAGGAAAUCAAAUAUUGUGGCUUCAUUGGCUCAAUUUGCCUCUGGCAUAGGAGCUCCACCUAUCUCUUCCAGAACUCUCAAUUGUUUCAGCACUUUUGGACAAGUUGUUUGUCAACUUUCCACGAGUACAAAGCUGACCCUUAUGGGUAUCCACAAAGUGCUGAAAGUGUCUAGCCAGCAACCUAGACUUGGAUCCAUGACCUUUCCUAUUGGCAUUUUUCGGCGACACCAACAAUCUCGGACAUCUGUGGAGGAAGAGGAUCUGCUCAUAGGCACAAUCAGGAAGGACAGUGUCUUGGAUGGAUCUAUGGCUUUGAUGCUUGAGUCACAGCUUGACGAGAGUACAAGAAUAGGAGGCUGGAUCGAGAUGAAAAAAUCACAUCCCAAAACUCUACAAUGGGCUAUUACUAUGUCUGAUAUCCCUGAGGAUGAUUUUGGAUGGGGUUUGAGCUUGGGUGGGUUGGUCCAAGGCCCAACAAACUGCGAACAUUUUCAGAUCGAAGCAUUCCUUAAUUUUAACUUGGGGAACAGAUGCAGAAUGCAACCUGCUAUUCUAUAUGUGGUGGACGGGGAAACCAAGUUCCCAACUCUAAUGUUUCGGUCAAGCUUUAGCCUCUAGCAUUGCAAAAUUUUUACACCUAUGAUUUUCUAAUACUUUCUUGAUGGAUAUAAUUCUGUUUAUUGCUUCUUCUACUCUGCUGCCCAUGCCAGUUUUAUAUCAUUAUUCCAAGAUUUUAGAAUGGGUUUUAACUUAGAAUUCCCAGGUGGACUUUGUAAAUGUGCAUUCACUAUUUUGGUGCAAAUGUAGCAAUGCUAUUUAUUUAUUUUUUCAGAUAAUGAGAUUUUCAUGGGAAGAA